GAUGAUCUUUUUAAUCUAUAAAACAAAAAUGUUAUGAGUACUAAAAAUAAAAACAAAAUAAGGUUGAAGGAUCAGAAAUGUGAGUAUCCUGAAAUAUAACAAAGGAGCCAACUUGGUUAAAAACAAGAAUGAAAUGGAAGCCAGAGCAAAUACAAAACCAUCAUCUCUCACUCUCAGAUGGGCAAUCUUACGCCAAGCCCUUCCUUCUUCGCAAAUCCCAUGAAAAUCCUGGUGCUUCCUUAAUCUCUCCCAACACGUCAAUUAUGACAUGUUUUUGUAACUUGAUUAGUUUUUGUAGCUUGUAUGUUAGUUUGGGACAAUGUCGAAAACCAAUUAUUUUGCAGAUAAUCAAUCACCCAGUGCUAUCAAGCGAAUUUCUAGAAAACCCAUCUAGGAUUUAACUUGAUACCAGGCCAAGCAGUUGAAGACCAUGUCAAUGAAGAAUCAAACUUUAUAGAUGUUUGCAUUUGUGGAGUUCAUCAUUUAUUCAGCUUCUUCAAGAAUGUUGAUUUUAAGAUAAGUUUAUCAUUUAUACAGAUUCUGGAAGACACUUUUGAUAGAACAUGGUUAUGUGGUUACAUUUGAUUUCAUAAUGGCAGUUGAUAUGCACCACAAUUGCUAGUUGUUUAACACGGUUUUGGAUUGGUGGGAAGACUGAAACUUGAAUGCUUGUGGGAGAAAAUUUAAAUGGCAUGAGCAUCUUCUUUGUUAUCUUUGUUACUUUCACUAUAAAGGUGUUGUUAUCCAGGUCAGUGGCCAUCUGAAGAUGUCCUUUCAUAUUUUUGCUUGUCACAUGCAGACAUGUUCAGAUUUCAUGAUAAGUUAGGUUAACUUGGUAAGAUAUGAUGUGGGAAGUUUAGAUGGUUGAAUCUUUUCUAAACCUAAGGCAGUGGCGUGCUAUUGUCUGAUUGGGGUUAUUCAUUGAAUAAGAGUCAUAAGAAGAUUUCAUGUCUGUACCACAUUGAAAAAUUAACAUGUCAAUUGGAAGCAUGUACAUAGAUUGUGGAAUUGAAGUCUGUUUGCAUUAUCUUCUGAGAAUUUCAAGUUGCCCAUGAUUCAAUAUAUACUUGUUUAGAUUUCAGUUAAUGUUAAGCUCUAAGUUUCUCAAAUUGUUAGUGAUGAGCCUAGAAUUGGUUUCAAGGCCUGCUCUAGUAAUCAGAAUAUGAAUCAGGUUGGACGGUCUUCAUCCUGGGCUAGCCCUUGCUUGCAUCUUCUUUAAGAUUUGAAGUUAUUGUAAACAUUUACUUUCUGUCAUUGAGAUUCAAGAUGUCUUACAUUGUUUUGUAUUUUCUCAUUUAUAAAAAGAAAGGUUAUUUUGAAGAUAACAAUAGUGCUUUUGAAUAAAGUUUAAAUAUGUUUGUUUUUGGUGUGUCAAUUAGAGAUAUAAGGAUGCAUAAGUCAUCACAUAGCCAUAUCAGAGGCUUAGCUCUUUGGUUGUUGCCGGUCAUUAGCUUUGCAAUGGGAACAUCAGUUUAGAACUAAAUUUUUGUUGGGUUGCUGGGUUAUGAUUCAAAACUUUUAUAUUCACUUUGAGUAUGAGCGUGGCAUUGCUCCACUUUCUCUUUCUCUUUUAUGUUCUUUGACAUCCAGACAUUCAGCAUAGCAUAGAUGCCAGCUCCACAGCAUUUGGCAAUACAGAAUUGAAGAGUAUGACAUUGCAUUGGGAUGAGGAAGUAACUUAUAAUAUCUCCAACACUUUUGAUGUCAUAGUUGCCUGUGACUUUAAAUGGAUGUGCCAUUUGACAGCACCUUUUUUUGAAGAGUUCCACAAUGCCCUUGCUUGUACCGUCAAACUCUUGUUAAGAAAUUCUGGGCCUUUGGAAGCAAUAUUCUUUAGCCCUAAAAGAGGAGAUACGUUGGACAAACUCCUAAAGAAAGUUGAAGAAAAUGGGCUGAAUUUCUCUAUUAUAGAGAACUGUGACUCUGAAGUUUGGAAGUGUCAUCAAGGUUUUAUGGCCGGUGAGGGCAUGAAGCUUUUGACAAAAGAUUCCUUAUCUUCAUCUGAGCAUCAACAUUACUUUGAAAGUAUCUACGUAUGGCUGUCCCUGACUAGACAAAGACCGUCUGCGUAGAGGACAAUCACAAACAGCGCAAAAGCUAUACGAUGCUCUGUGGAUCAAAUAAACUAACGUUUAUUGGAGGAAUGGAACUGCUUGCUUUUUAAUAUUGUGGCACAUACUGUGUAUACAGAGUAGAGAAAUGAACAUGCCAUGACUUGAAUUCUUAUCUAUCGCAGUGAAGUAACUGCUUUCUUGCUC